CGGAGAUUGAUAGUGAAGAAUGAGAAACACUGAUCGUAUUCAAAUCCCUUACGUUAAUACUGUAAUAAGGAGACAUUCUUUAAAACAAUUACGAAAGUCGUGAAUGUACAAGCUGUGAAUUUCACAUCUGUGAAGGCAAAACAGCACUUCUCCUUUUGGUCCUUUUGAUCCUAAUUCUUCCUUCAUAUCGUGCCUGGAAGCUUGGUUUGAAGAAAGUGAUGUCUGGUACAAAGGGGAAAUAGGCAGAUAAAUGGCCCAGAUAGCCAAGCUGGAGUGACAAAGAUGGCUACAUUUGAAGAUUAUUGUGUAAUAACCCAGGACGACUUGGAGGGUCUUAAAGAUUGCAUAUCUACCCAGGAUCUCCCUUCAGCAGUAAAAACGAUCAAGGAGUACUUUAAACAGCAGGAUCUUGUAGAACUAAACAUUGGUGUGACGGGAGAGUCUGGCUCUGGAAAGUCCACGUUUGUCAAUGCGUUCAGGGGUUUAGGAGAUGAAGAAGAGGGCUCUGCUAAAACUGGUGUAGUGGAGACCACUACAGAACCAGAUGUUUACCUUCACCCAAAAUACAAAAAUGUGAAAGUGUGGGAUCUUCCUGGCAUUGGAACGCCAAACUUUAAAGCUGAUGAGUAUCUUGAACGGGUUGAGUUUAAGCGUUAUGAUUUUUUCAUCAUCAUUGCUUCAGAUCGGUUCAGAGAAUGCCACACUCAGCUGGCCAAAGAGAUCAUGAGGAUGGGGAAAACGUUUUAUUUUGUUCGUUCCAAGAUUGACUUCUGCAUUACUGCUGAGAAGAGGAAGAAGAGCUUUGACCAGAAAACGACUCUGGAGACAAUACGAGAGGACUGUGAAAAGGGUCUGAGAAAGAUCGGGAUAGAAGAUCCUGUUGUGUUUCUGAUCUCUGGGUGGGAGCUUGGAAAGUAUGAUUUAAAUGUUCUGCAGGAGAGGAUGGAGAAGGAGCUUCCACAGCAUAAGAGACGAGUGCUGAUGUUGGCUUUGCCAAAUAUUACACUGGAGAUUAAUGAGAAAAAGAAGAAAGCUCUAGAGGAAAACAUUGGAAAAGUUGCCUUCCUGUCUGCUUGUGUGGCAGCUAUUCCUCUCCCUGGACUUUCGAUCGCUGCAGAUAUAGCCAUCAUAGCAGACGAGCUGACAAAGUACUACCGUGCAUUCGGUCUGGAUGAUCCAUCACUGCAGAGGCUCUGUGAAAGAUCUGGGAAGACCAUCGAGGAACUGAAGAGUCUAAUGAAGUCUCCCCUCCAUCAAGGCAUAAACCCAAGUUCAAUAUUAACCUUGCUAGGUGCUGCAUCCCUUCUUAUAUCAGAAGAUGCUGUUGAAUUACUUGUGAGCUUCAUACCCAUUGUUGGCACUUUGGUGGCAGGAGGUUUGUCUUAUCUGACAGUCUCAAGAAUGCUGAAGAGAGCUCUGAAUGACAUAGCUGAGGAUGCUAGGAAUGUGCUGAUGGCUUCUUUGGAAACUGAAGUGUAACUGUAAAAAAUGAUGAUAAUAUUCAACAUCAUUAUAACUAACUGCUUUUGGGGUAUUUGAAGACAAGUAUAUUUGUUUAUCACAUUUAAUGGCAAAAUAUCUAAUCAACAUUUAUUAUAUAGAUUUAUGUUUACAUGUAUUUACUAACAGUUAAUUCUAUUGAAAGCAACUUACAUUUGAGGAGAAAUACAAACAAAUGAUUAAAUGUUUACAAUUUGAUGUAUUAAUAAUUGUAACAUUUAGAUAAAUAACUGUAGUUACUGUUGUUUUCAAUAUACUACUGUUUUUGUUGUAUAUUACACAUUAUAAAAAGAAUCCAAUGAAAUAUUGAG